GAAGAAGCGAUCUCUGCGAGAGAAAAGGAAGCAUGAAAAAGCUAAGACAAAAGGUUAAAACUUUAAGAAGAUUUAAGAUAAAUAAGAAGAAAGAAGAAAACCCAGGAUAAUUCCUCUCUCGGUACUCAGCCAACGAGAGUUUGCUGCACCUGUCGACAGCAGGUCACAUGCAGCAGUCGUCAUAGUGACGGCGAUUUCAGACACCUGAGUCUGGUGCUGGCUGGAAGCCGAGGCAGCCGGACGGAUGGAUAGUUAGAAGGUAGAAGCAGCAGAGGACACCAGGACAGACAUUAUUUUUAUUCAUCAUGCCGAGGAAAAAUGAUGCAGCAAAAAUGGACGAAGUUGGGAUAGAGAUAGAUGGGGAGGUGAGCGACAGUGAUGACGGUGUGGCCCAGAGGAGAAACAACAGGAGGCAGGCGGCUGGAAGAGGAGGUGCAAAAGGACGAGGCCGAGGCAAGAAACCAGCCAGCGAUGAGGAGGAGGAGGAUGACGAGGAGGAAGAUGAAGCUCCCAGGGGACGAAGGGGAGCGAACAAGAAGAAACCAGCCAAGAAACGUGGUGAUGAUGACAGCGAGGACGAAGCUCCGAAGAGGAAACGAGGAGGUGCAGCCAACAAGAAGAAAGGAGGCAAAGCUCAGGACAGUGACGAGGAGGACAGUGAUGCUCCGAAAGGACAGAAAGGAAGAGGGGGGAAGGGAGGAAAGAAAGGAGGGAAGGAGGAAGAGGAGACCAAGGGGAAAAAGGGAGACGCCAAAGGAAAGGACAAAGGCAAAGACAAGGAUGAUGACAAGGACAAGAAAAAGAAGAAAAAGAAGGAUGACAGUUCAUCUGAUUCCAGUUCAAACUCGGAUGAGGAGGAGGAGUCCAUGUCGGAGGGCGAGAUGGCCCGACUGAUGGAGGAGGUGGAGGAGAAGAAGAAGCUGAUCGCCAACAUCAGGAACAAGCCGUGGAGGAUGAAGCGACGGCUGACACACCUGAAGGAGGCUCAGGCGUUCGUGGAUAAGUUUGAAGGAGCUUUGGGCAAAGGAAAAGGCAGGAAGUGGUACGCUUAUAAAGUGAUGAUGACGAAGAAAUGGAUCAAGUUUCAGAGGGAUUUUGAGAACUUCAGAACAGCCUGUAUCCCCUGGGAGAGGAAGAUCAAAGAGGUUGAAAGUCACUUUGGGUCAUCCGUGGCGUCUUACUUUAUCUUCCUGCGCUGGAUGUACGGCAUGAACCUCGUCCUGUUUGGCUUCACUUUUGGACUCGUGGUCAUUCCAGAGGUCCUGAUGGGUCUUCCAUAUGGAUCUAUCCCCAGGAAGACGGUACCCAGAGAGGAGCAGGACACAGCUCAAGACUAUUCUGUCCUCAUGGACUUCAACGGAUACUGCAAAUAUUCAGUCUUGUUCUAUGGGUUUUACAACAACGAGAGGACCAUCGGUUUGCUGAAGUUCAGGCUGCCUCUGUCCUACCUCAUGGUCGGGAUCGGUACAUUCGGCUACAGCCUGAUGCUCGUGAUUCGCACAAUGGCCAAGAAUGCUGAUGUUGGCGGUGGAGACGGAGAGGAAGGAGAGUUCACCUUCGCCUGGAAGAUGUUCACCAGCUGGGAUUACCUCAUCGGCAACGCAGAGACUGCAGACAACAAGUACGCCUCCAUUACCACCAGCUUCAAGGAGUCCAUCGUGGACGAGCAAGAGAACCAGAAGGACGAGAACAUUCACCUGAGGAGGUUCCUCAGAGUCCUGGCUAACUUCCUGAUCACCUGCAGCCUUGGCGGCAGCGGCUACCUCAUCUACUUCGUCGUGAAAAGGUCUCAGGAGUUCGCCACCAGGGACGACCUCAGCUGGUACGAGAAGAACGAGCUGGAGAUCAUCAUGUCUCUGCUGGGUCUGGUGUGUCCUCCUCUGUUCGAGACCAUCGCUGAGCUGGAGGACUACCACCCUCGAAUCGGCCUCAAAUGGCAGCUUGGACGCAUCUUUGCCCUCUUCCUGGGAAACCUCUACACCUUUUUGUUCGCCCUGUUUGAUGAAGUCAACACCAAGCUGGAAGAAGAACAGGCCAUAAAGAAUGCUUCCAUCUAUGCCAUGAAGGAAUACUACGCCAACUACUCACGUUUGGUCAACGACAGCGAGGCCACGCCUCCACCGAUGAACCCGGCCGAUGUUAUCAGAGGACCCUGCUGGGAGACGGCCGUCGGCAUAGAGUUUGUGAAGCUGACGGUGUCGGACAUCCAGGUGUCCUACCUCACCAUCCUGAUCGGUGACUUCGCCAGAGCCGUCAUCGUCCGGUUCCUCAACUACUGCUGGUGCUGGGACCUGGAGGCUGGAUUUCCGUCGUACGGAGAGUUCGACAUCAGUGGAAAUGUUCUCGGACUCGUCUUCAACCAAGGGAUGAUCUGGAUGGGAGCGUUUUAUGCUCCAGGUCUGGUCGGCAUCAACGUCCUGCGCCUGCUCAGCUCCAUGUACUACCAGUGCUGGGCCGUCAUGGCCACCAACGUCCCCCAUGAGCGAGUCUUCAAGGCCUCCAAGUCCAACAACUUCUACAUGGGUCUGCUGCUGCUCGUCCUCUUCCUCAGCCUGCUGCCGGUCGUCUACACCAUCAUGACGCUGCCGCCUUCGUUUGACUGCGGGCCUUUCAGCGGGAAAUCAAAGAUGUUUGAUGUUGUCAUGGAGACGAUCGACCUGGACCUGCCGGCCUUCAUGGGGACGUUGUUCAGCUACGCAGCCAAUCCAGGACUCAUCAUACCGGCUGUACUGCUCAUGGUACUGGCCAUCUAUUAUCUGAACUCAGUGUCUGAAGCCUACAAAAACUCCAACAUGGAGCUGAAGAAGAAGAUGCAGAUGGCUCGAGAUGAAGAGAAGAACCGGAGGAACAACACCGACAGCACCAACCAGGUCAUGAAGGACCUGGAGGACCUGCUGCCCAACCGAUCCCUGGCUCCUCCACCAGAACCGGAAAAACCUCCAGAACCGGAGCCGAAGCCGACUAAGACCAAACCCGGGGCGGCCGGUAAAGGCGUAAACCUGCAGAAAGACGUGGCUCUGGCUUCACCCAACCCCAACGCUCGAGGGCCGGUGAGUCGAGCACCAGGACCGAGAGGACCAGGACCAGGACCAGGACCAGGACCUGGACCUGGACCUGGACCUGGACCUGGACCUGGACCGGGUCGAGGCCGCGGCAGAGGGCCUCCUCCGAGAUAACAGUGUGAGAAAACUUUACUGUAGGUUGUUUUUAUCCCUCAGAACUCCUCUUAGAGAAGCAAAACAGGUCUAAACACAUUCAACAGGCUUUUCUCAGAUAGUGGUGUUUAAAAAGGACUUUUAAGAGGUUUUCAUGUUUCCUGACUGGCAUCAACAACAAGUAUUUUUCUUUAAACUGUAGCCUGAAGUACAGUUUUGAAACUCAUUGCUGUAAAAACCUCAAUUUUGUCUUGAGCAACCUCUAAAGUCCAAACAAAGACUGUGUUGAUCUGUGUUUUCUAGGUCUGUUGGCACCUUGUUGGGCCUUUUGAGAACAUUUAUGACCCAAAUAUAGUCUUUUGGUUCAAGCUUAUUCAUGAAAUACAAGGAGAACUCGCUUGUUUUUUGUUUUGGCUGGUAGGUUUCUGUUGAAAUCUUGUAUGAGGAUGCUUUAAAUGUGAUUUUGUAAGCUAAUAUUUGGUUUCCUCCCUCUCACAGUCUUCAUUAAUGAAUGGUAUUACCUCAUUUGUCAUGGAAAAACUUAACCAAAGCAACUUUAAAUUAACCUUAAAUUAAGAUUUUCUUGUUUUCGAGGUUAAAGAUGAACUUUUAUUCUGACAUUUAAUGUUGCUCAGGUUCUUUAUUAGUUCUCAGUGUACAUUUUGAGCUUGUAUGAGCAUUUUUUAACCCUAUUUAAAUGUGAAGUAAGCAAUUCCUGAGAGAGUUUGUAGAUAUUUGAGUGUUGUAUUUUCAUGACAGCGACACAAACAAAUGGACUACAAGUGACGAAAAGUGAAAAGUUCCAGCCGUAAGUUCAUGAAAGUGGAUGUUUUUUCUUGUAGUUGAAGGAAAUCAAACGUUAGAAUAUAAAAUGUCAUCAAUUUUAUGAAAAAACGUGCUUAAAGUGGGUCAUCGGGCAAUUUUUAAGAAAAAAAUUGAAGUUUUUAAGAAUUUCUCAGUAAAUAUUUGAUACAUGAAGCUAAAACCCAACAGUUAAAGUAAACAGAUGAAGCCAAGCUAGUUAUUCAGUAAUUAAAUGUCAAUUUGUUAAUAAUAUUGAACACAUUUCCACACUGUUAUAAAUUUGGUUUGUUCAUAUUCUUCACGUAAACACAGUUUGUGGCUACGACUGAUAUUCAUUCUCACAUUCAGUCUUUUUUGAUUUUUUUCUAACUUUUUCUUACUUUGUAAUUCAUUGUAUGAUUCUGACUUUCCAAUAAAGAGUAAAAUCUUUUAAUAACA